AUGCCUCUUACCGAGACCAGUGUUAAGCAUCUCUGGCAUCUGUAUGAGGUUCGCCAUUAUCUUGUUGUGGGCGGUCGUAAUCCCAGGGAGGGCGCAGGCUGCGGCUGUCUUCGCCCACUUUCUAGUGCGAACCACUUCCCGAACACUCAUCUCCUGUUAGCGCAAGAUGCCCAAGUGGACGCCUUCGCACUGAAUAUCGCGGCCGAUGACGCGAUUAACGGCCAUGCAUUACAACUGGCUUUUACUGCAGCUCAGAGCGCGAGAUUUAAGGUUUUCUUUUCAUUUGACUAUGUCGCCCGUGGGCCCUGGAAUCAACAUGAUGUGAUUGGGUUGUUGCUGCAAUAUAGAAUGAACGAGGCCUACUAUUGCGUCAAUGGACACCCAUUUGCAUCUACCUUUGAGGGCUCGGAGAACGCAGAAGAAUGGAAAAAUAUCAAAGCCAGCACAGAUUGCUUCUUUAUUCCCGACUGGUCUUCACUAGGAGUCAAGGCAGCGUUGGAAAAAGGCUAUGGCCUCGUGGAUGGGCUCUUUAGCUGGGCCGCCUGGCCGUCUGGUUCACAAGAUAUGAACACGCAAGUGGACAUGUCUUAUAUGGAACUUCUUCAGGAGACGGGAGGACUUGCCUACAUGAUGCCUGUCUCCCCAUGGUUCUAUACAAAUCUGCCCGGCUAUGGCAAGAAUUGGCUUUGGCGCGGGGACGACCUAUGGUAUGAUCGCUGGCAAGAGGUCUUCUCUGUCCGGCCCGAAUUUGUGGAGAUCAUUUCGUGGAAUGACUACGGUGAAUCUCAUUACAUCGGACCACUUCAUCAGGGCGGAUAUGGGGUAUUUAAAACGGGUAAGGCGCCAUUUAAUUACGCCGAGGGCAUGCCGCAUGACGGAUGGCGGAUAAUACUGCCAUUUAUCGUCAGUAAUUAUAAGAAUGGUAGUGCUGCAGUGAAAGAGGAGUUAUUGGUCACAUGGUAUCGCACAACUCCCGGAGCUGCGUGUGAUGCGGGUGGAACUUCGGCGAACACGCGUAGUCAUGGACAAAUUGAAUUGAGCCCUCAAGAGGUGACUAAGGAUCGUAUCUAUUACUCCGCCAUACUUACAGAAUAUGCCGUGGCCGAAGUGACCAUUGGUGGCGUCACACAAAGCGGGACAUGGAGAAGCGAACCAAGCAGUGGCAAGGGGAUCUAUCACGGGAGUGCACCGUUCAAUGGUGCAACGGGAGACGUAGAAGUCACUUUGUGGAGAAGGGGUAACAGGGUUUUGACAUUGAGAGGAAAAGCGAUUUCUGGAAACUGCCCCAACGAUAUCCAGAAUUGGAAUGCCUGGGUUGGCAGUGGCCGAGUCCCCUGCCGCUCAUCAACCACCUCGCGCGAGAUUUAUCUCCCUUCCAACUCAGCGGACGUCUCACAAAUUCAAGAAGGGUAUCCCCAAGCCCAAGGGAAACCAGGCAGAUGA